AGUCGCCUACUCGAUGUGGUGGGCAAACCCGCGAAUGUAAAAGUCGGCGUCGCGCGCUGUCAAGGCGAACGCCGGCCGCGCCACCGACGCCUCCAGCGCAGCCGAGAGCAGCGGAAUGUCGUCGCCAAGCACGCGCACGUGGCGGUAGUGCUGCAGCAGAAUGUCAAACCGAAAGAGGAACGUCAUGAUGUUGAUCUCGGCGCUGCUAAAGCGGUCGCCCAGCAGGUACGGACCCUUGGCCCGGAACGCGGCCGCGUGCUCGCGGUAGAUGCGCUCGAGGCCUUGGAGCGACGCGCGCAUCUCGGCCUCCAGCGCCGGCAUCUUGGCGUCAUCGCUGUUGUGCAAGAUGGCGUAGAACCGGCUCGGCUCAAACUUGGCGACUGCCAGCUGGGCGAGGGCGGCGAGGCGCGGGGCGUCGGCGCAGUAGAGCUUUCCGCCGUUGACUUUGGCGUCAAUGUACUGCGAGAUGAUGGUCGACUCGUACACGGGCUCGCCGUCGUCGAGGAGGAACGGGACCGUGCCAAAGCGGUUAAAGUCCGUCUUGUAGCUCUCGGGCAUGGCGGUGAGCGAGAUGCCAAUCAUGUCAAAGGCGGCGUCGACCUCGACGGCGGUCCAGAGCGCACGGUGGCCAAAGGGACAGACGAGGCUGUUGAAGAGAUGGGUUUUUCCGUCCUGCGUCCGAAGCGAGGCGAGCGUGGUUGCGUCCAGCGACGUGUACUCGACGAUGUCAAGGCUCAUGGUUGA